UCAUUCAAAGUGUGCCUAUUUUUUUCUCUAGUAUAUAAAGGCCACAAUAUCAAACCAAAGACAUUGCCAAAUCAUAAACACAAAAACAACACAAAAAAUGGAGAUGGAGUGGACUAGAGGCAACAUCAUCGGACAUGGUUCAUCCGCCACCGUCUACCUCGCCACCUCUCCCAGCUCCUCUGAUGUCUCCGCUGUGAAAUCAGCGGAAACAUCAUUGUCAUACUCAAAACAUUUGGAGAGAGAACAGAGAAUUCUUUCUUCUCUGUACUCUCCUUACAUAGUUAGCUACAAAGGUUGCAACUUUACCAAUGAAAAUAACAAAAACUUGUUCAACCUCUUCAUGGAGUACAUGCCCUUAGGAAAUCUCUCUCAAGCAACUCGCCGGAACGAUGGUGGCCGGCUCAACGAACCGGCGAUCGCACACUUCACAAGACAAAUUUUGCAAGGACUUGAAUACUUGCAUACAAAAGGUAUUGUGCAUUGUGAUAUUAAAGGUAGUAACAUAUUGGUUUGUGAAAAAGGAGUUAAAAUUGGAGACUUUGGGUGUGCAAAGAUGGUAGAUGAAACUGUUCCGAUCGCUGGUACACCGAUGUUUAUGUCACCGGAGGUGGCGCGGGGCGAAGAACAAGGUUACCCUUGUGAUGUUUGGUCACUUGGGUGCACUAUUGUUGAAAUGGCAACUGGGUUUUCACCUUGGACUAAUGUGGAAGACCCUGUUACUGUUCUAUAUCGAAUUGCAUAUUCUAAUGAUGUUCCUGAGAUUCCUUGUUUUCUUUCUGAACAAGCAAAGGAUUUCUUGGAGAAGUGUUUUAGAAGGGAUUCUAAGGAGAGAUGGAAUUGUAGUCAAUUGUUGAAGCAUCCAUUUCUUGAGGAAUUUGAUUCUAGUGUUGUGAAAAGUGAUGAAUUUGAUUCAAGUUCACCAACUAGUAUUCUUGAACAAGGAUUUUGGAAUUGUGUUGAAGAGUCAGAAAGUUUGUUUUUUGGUGAUUUGGGUAAGACUAAUUUUGAGAAUUGUUGUGUUGGUAGGAUCAAGAAGCUAGCUUUGUGUUCAAGGGAACCUUUUUGGAAUUGGGGUGAUGAAAAUUGGAUCAGUAUUAGAGGGAAUGAUUCAGAUGCAGUGGCUUCAACUAGUGAUGAUGAUUUUGAUUUUGAUGAGUUAGUGAAAAGUGAUGUUAAUGGUGGAAUUAGUGGUUAUAAUUUUUGUGAAGAUUAUAAUUUUAGGAAUAGUGAUGUUAGUUUUGUAGUUAAUAGUUUUAAUUUUGAGAGUGGCAUUGAAAGGUUGCAGCCCUAUUCAACAUUAGAUUUUUUAUAAUUCAGUUAUUUGAUAAUUUUUUAA